CUCUAAUCACCUUUAUGUGAAUAUAUUAAUUUUGAAGGUACUAGGUGGAAUCCUAGUUGAUAUGAGCAUGGUUUUUCCCUUUAAAAUGUGCACUUAACUCUGGAAGGAAAGAUGCUAUGUUUGAAGCAGGGAUCAGCAAACUCCAGUCUGCUGCCUGUGUUUGUAAAUAAAGUUUUAUUAGCACACAGCCACAUGCUAUCAUUUAGGUAUUGUUUAUGUCUCCUUUGAAGUCACAGCAGCAGAGUGGAAUAGUAGUGACAGACACCCGGUGGUGUGUCACAAAGUCUAAAAUAUUUAAUCACUGGCCUUGUAGGAGACUGUUUGCUGACCCCUGAUGUAGAGGAUAGAACUUUCCUGCCCCCUGACCAUACUGACAGACAGCUGUUACUGUUGUGGUGAAGGCCCCUAGCUCUGCCUUCCCUGGAGAGGAAAUAAGAAAACAGGGUUCUUAUGAAGCAUUUUUUUUGUGUGAGUCCCGGAAGUCUUUGGCGGCAGGGUGCGCUCCGGCGAGUGGCUUCUCGCGGCUUCAUGCAGGCAUGGAUCUGGAUAAGCCGUCUGUCUGGGGUUCGUUCAAACAGCGGACCAGGCCACUGCUCAUCAACCUGAGCAAGAAGAGGGGGAAAAAGAACCCGCAUAAGCCCCUCAACUUAAGGGAAGGGAACCACUUGGACCGCCGCCUCAGCCUCUCGGUGCCUGACCUGCUGGAGGCCGAGGCCCUGGCCCCGGAGGGUCGGCCCUACUCCGGGCCGCAGUCGUCCUACACCUCGGUGCCCAGCAGCCUGUCCACCGCGGGGAUCGUUCCCAAGAGUAGCAGCGGCUCCUUGAAACAGUCUGAGGAAGAAUUGGAUUGGAGCCAGGAAGAAGCCAGCCACCUCCAUGUGGUGGAGACGGACUCGGAGGAGACCUAUGCCUGUCCUCCUGAGGAGAGGCGGGUGUCCAGCCACGGCAUCUUUGAUCUCCAGAAAGCUCCCGUGGGGGGCGAGGCGCUGGAAGAGCCAGAGAAGCUAUGUGGCAGUGGUGAUCUGAAUGCUUCUAUGACAUCUCAACAUUUUGAAGAACAAUCAACUCUUGGGGAAGCCGGCGAUGCCUUGAGUCACCUGCCCAGCUCUUUCGCCUACCUCCUCACCAUACACCUGAAGGAAGGCCGGAACCUGGUAGUCCGAGAUCGCUGCGGUACAAGUGAUCCCUAUGUGAAAUUUAAGCUGAAUGGGAAGACGCUAUACAAAAGUAAAGUCAUAUAUAAGAACUUGAACCCGAUGUGGGAUGAGAUAGUUGUAUUGCCAAUACAAAGCCUUGAUCAGAAGCUACACGUGAAGGUAUAUGAUCGAGAUUUAACCACAUCUGAUUUUAUGGGUUCUGCCUUUGUCAUUCUCAGUGAUCUUGAGCUUAACAGAACAACUGAACAUAUUUUAAAAUUAGAAGAUCCAAACAGUUUAGAAGAUGACAUGGGAGUGAUUGUCUUAAAUUUGAACCUCGUAGUAAAACAGGGUGAUUUCAAGAGACAUCGUUGGUCAAAUCGGAAGCGGUUAAGUGCCAGCAAGUCCUCUUUGAUACGCAACCUACGGCUCUCAGAGUCCUUGAAAAAGAACCAGCUCUGGAAUGGGAUUAUAAGUAUAACUUUGUUGGAAGGGAAGAAUGUCUCAGGAGGAAACAUGACAGAGAUAUUUGUCCAGUUAAAACUGGGAGAUCAGAGAUACAAAAGUAAGACACUGUGUAAGAGUGCAAAUCCGCUGUGGCAGGAACAGUUUGACUUUCACUACUUCUCUGACAGGAUGGGCAUUUUGGACAUUGAAGUGUGGGGAAAGGACAGCAAAAAACGCGAGGAGCGUCUGGGCACGUGUAAAGUGGAUAUCUCGGCACUCCCUCUGAAGCAAGCCAACUGCUUGGAGCUGCCGCUGGAGAGCUGUCUGGGGGCCCUCCUCAUGUUGGUCACACUUACGCCCUGUGCGGGCGUCUCCGUCUCUGAUCUGUGUGUGUGCCCCUUAGCAGACCCCAGCGAGAGAAAGCAGAUUUCCCAGCGAUAUUGUUUACAGAACUCCCUCAAAGAUAUGAAGGACGUUGGCCUUUUACAAGUGAAGGUUUUAAAGGCAGUCGAUCUCGUAGCGGCGGAUUUCUCAGGAAAGAGCGAUCCUUUUUGCUUGUUGGAGUUAGGCAACGACCGACUUCAGACACAUACCAUUUACAAGAACCUCAACCCUGAGUGGAACAAAGUUUUUACAUUUCCCAUUAAAGAUAUCCAUGAUGUUUUGGAAGUGACAGUGUUUGAUGAAGACGGAGAUAAACCCCCUGAUUUUCUUGGAAAAGUUGCCAUUCCCUUGCUAUCCAUUAGAGAUGGACAACCAAUGGUUUUACGUAUGAUAGAAUAA